CAGCCGUGAGGCGCGCUUCCUUGGUCGCGCGCGCCGGAACCCCGACUCCGUAGAAACCGAAGACGCAGGAGAGAGGAACGCGUCGAGCAUGAAGAGGCAGGGGGCCUCCUCGGAGCGGAAACGGGCGCGCAUACCGUCCGGGAAAGCCGAUCUAGAUUAAUGGAACUGUUACUUCUGCAUUCAAUCUGACCUGUCAGGGAGCCGCUUGAAAAUUCCACGCCACUUGUGAGAGAAUGAGCGUGAACAAGGCAAAUAAAGUCUCAGUAUUAUUAUGAAAAUGCUUGUAAAGGCACAGACUCUGAGAGGGUCUUAAAGGCCCCGGCAGCUAACUGGACUACCACACUUUGAGAACUGCUGCUCCAAACAGAUACCUUUUGUGGAGCAGAUGGACGCCUUUGAUUCCUACAAAUAACUGUUUCCUGGACAGCUGACUUACUCUGCCUUCUGCCAGAGCCUCCCCUGUGCGCCUCCCUCCUCUCCUGGCCAAAGUCCUUCCUCCUGUGAGGAACAGCAAAUGGAUUUCUCAUGGAAGUGUGUGUUGAUUCAGUAGAGUCAGCUGUAAAUGCAGAACGAGGAGGUGCUGGUCGGAUUGAAUUAUGUUCUGGCUUACUGGAAGGAGGAACCACACCCAGCAUGGGUGUCCUUCAAGUAGUGAAGCAAUGUGUCCAGAUCCCAGUUUUUGUGAUGAUUCGGCCACGUGGAGGUGACUUUUUAUAUUCAGAUCGUGAAGUCGAGGUGAUGAAGGCUGACAUUCGUCUUGCCAAGCUUUAUGGUGCUGAUGGUUUGGUAUUUGGAGCAUUGACUGAAGAUGGAAACAUUGACAAAGAGUUGUGCAUGUCCCUUGUGGCUAUAUGCCGUCCUCUACCAGUCACUUUCCACCGAGCCUUUGACAUGGUGCAUGAUCCAAUGGCCGCUCUAGAGACCCUCUUAACCUUGGGAUUUGAACGAGUAUUGACCAGUGGCUGUGACAGUUCAGCACUAGAAGGGCUACCCUUAAUAAAGCGACUCAUAGAUCAGGCAAAAGGGAGGAUUGUGGUAAUGCCAGGGGGUGGUAUAACAGACAGAAAUCUACAAAGGAUCCUUGAGGGUUCAGGUGCUACAGAAUUUCACUGUUCUGCUCGGUCUGCUAGAGAUUCAGGAAUGAAAUUUCGAAAUUUCUCUGUUGCCAUGGGAGCCUCUCUUUCUAGCUCAGAAUAUUCUCAAAAGGUAACAGAUGUGGCACAAGUAAGGACUUUGAAUGCUAUUGCAAAGAAUAUUCUGGUUUAGCCAGACCUCUCUGAGAGACAUGGAUAUCACAAGAUGAAGGUAGUAGAGUAGUCUGUAAUUAUGACACAGCUUUAACCUUCUUCACUGGCCAGGACUGUCACAGUUUGAGUCUCACAUGGCCAUGGAGAGCGUUCCCAAGAAGACAAAGAAUUCGAGCAAAGCUACAAUCACUUGCUUUGUUUAAUCUUGCCAGCCAUCUCUAUUAUCAUGGUUAAAUGUGGUGUAUGCUUCUUCCACAGACAGAGGUUAGUCUGUUUUGUGGAAUUAAUUGAUGAACUGGGAAAACUGGACUGUAAGGUAUGAAUUUAGAGUGUGACUUCAGGGUCAAUUUAAUAGCAGUAUUUUGCUUUUUCAUUUGUAAAAUAAAAAUUUCCAUUCUGUUC